UCCUGUAGUCUUUACUCUGGAGAAAAGGGGAAAGUAGGGGAGGAGAAACACGCGCCGGUAGUGGGAUGGACGGGAAAGCAUGGAGUCCGCUCGCGCAUAUUUGAGCUGACAGAGACGAGACGAGCGCAUCCCAACACGAGAGCUCUGAACACUUCACCUAUGAAUGAAUGACGGGUCGCUCUCCUUAGACGACCCCCAAAAAAUCCCCGACCCCAUUCAUCAGCUUAAAUAACGACUGGACACUGAGUUCGGGAUAUUUGGGACUUUCUACAGCGUCUCAGCGGCGAUCUUAAGAUUUAUCGAGCAUCUGGACACGUCGCUGAGGAAACCAUGGAGACGGAAUCGUCCCAGUUAGGGAGUAACGGAGCGAAUGAAAGUGAGCUUCUACCGGUGGACUAUCCGGGAGGAGAGAUGCCAGCUUCUCUCGGUUCACGGAGAGGGUCCAGCGUGAAGAAACAUCACCACAAACACAACCUGAAGCACCGCUACGAGCUGCUCGAGACCCUCGGGAGAGGUACAUAUGGAAAAGUGAAAAAAGCCAUAGAGAGGCACACUGGACGUGUGGUGGCGAUAAAAUCCAUCCGUAAGGAGAAGAUUAAAGAUGAACAAGACAUGGUGCACAUCCGCAGAGAGAUCGAAAUCAUGUCUUCUCUCCGCCAUCCACACAUCAUCUCUAUAUACGAAGUUUUCGAGAAUAAGGAUAAGAUUGUGAUCGUGAUGGAAUAUGCCAGUAAGGGCGAGCUGUACGAAUACAUCAGUGAGCGCCGAAGGCUCGGUGAAAGGGAGACGAGACACUUCUUCAGACAGAUCGUCUCUGCUGUCCAUUACUGCCACAAGAGCGGAGUAGUGCACCGAGAUCUCAAGCUGGAAAACAUUCUCCUAGAUGACAACGGUAACAUUAAGAUUGCAGAUUUUGGUUUGUCCAACCUCUACCACAAGGACAAGCUUCUUCAAACGUUCUGCGGCAGCCCGCUGUAUGCCUCCCCUGAGAUUGUGAACGGACGACCAUAUAAAGGUCCAGAGGUUGACAGUUGGGCGCUGGGCGUAUUACUCUACACUCUUGUUUACGGAACAAUGCCCUUCGACGGAGGAGACCACCAAAGACUCAUUCGCCAGAUCAGCAAUGGAGAAUACAGGGAACCGCCACAGUCAUCAGAUGCUCGUGGUUUGAUACGCUGGAUGUUGAUGGUUAAUCCAGAGCGCAGGGCUACAAUUGAGGACAUUGCAAAUCACUGGUGGGUGAACUGGGGCUGGAAGACCAGUGUGUGCGACUGCCAAACACAAAGGGAAAACAGCUCCCCCAUGCUUGCCCGCUUCAUUGACUGGCAGAACCGCACCGAGGUCCGUCCUGGAAAACCCCAGCGCCCAGAGCCUGGUAACACUAAUGUCACUAAUACAGCCUUGAUUCCAGCCCGGCGUUUGAGAAAGUCCAUGAAGGAGAACGAUAUUGGAAUGUGGGGUGUAGCGGAGGAGAAGCCGGGCCUCAAGAGACCAAAGAGCAUUCUGAAAACCCGGGCGACCAGUGGAGACCAACGAUCUCAGAGUCUGUGUGAACUAGAGCUCAGGCGGUCCAUUUGCUACCUAGACGUUGAGUCCGGUUCGAGUCCGGAGCGAGAGGACACUCUGGGUGGCUCGCCAGCCAAAAUGGUGUCCAUGUUACCUAAGAAAGGCAUUCUGAAAAACAAUCAGCAGCGCGAGUCCGGCUAUUACUCCUCACCAGAGCGCAGCGAGUCCUCCGAACUGUUAGGGGGCGCUACUGCGCAGCCUCCUAACAGCUCACCCACCAAACGGUCUGUCGGGAGGAAAGGAAUACUGAAGCGUAAUGGGAAAUAUUCCACACACAGUGCUGUGGGAGUCCAUGGGGAGGUCCCGGCUGACUCAACCCUCUCACGGAGCCAAAGCAGACCCUCUAGCAUUGUGUACGAGGAGACGGGUCUCUCCAGCAUGGGCUUGGACUGGCCUCCCGCCUCUCCCAAACCCAACAUCCGUGGCUCACUGUCUGCCGAAGACUUGCUGCAGAUGGCUGGAUACAGGGGCCUUCAGACCGCUGCGCCCCUUCCCAGCGGAAAGGGUGCCCGCAGCCCCCCCGGCUCCCCUGGAGACAACGGCAGCUUCUCCUUGCUGGCCGAUCUGGAUGAUGUCACCCAGGUGUACCAGAAAGCCCUGGACAUCAGCAGCCAGCUGAGCUAGACUUGGACAAAAAGGCUGAAUAUACGGAGAGACUGAAGAGUGAAUGAUUCCUAGCUUGUCCUUCUCUUCACAGUGCUACUAUGUAAACGUUUACAGGUCGAGAAGCGGGACAUUUCAAAUCUCCAUUCACCAACUCGUGUUGAUGAGCAUUUCUCAUGAUAUUCUCGUUUUAAACUCGACAGUUGAGGGGGAACAACGGAAGCACUUUAAAGAGGCUGUUCUGCAGCAUGUAAUGUACAUGAAAGCUGGGACCGUGUUAUUUAAGUUAUUUAUCUGUCAUUCGUGUUUUGGCCAUUUGAAAAUGCCAAGGCCAUUUCAUAUAGUCCUUGGGAGAGUGUUUUCAUCAAUACAGGUUAUGAAUUAUGAAAAGUGUUAGAUAAAGGCCAUCUGAAAAUAUGUAUAGUAAAUUCUCAUUGUAUCAUACCAGCGAUUAGAGUGAAGUAAAUGCACAACAGUCCAUCAGUGAUGCUAAGACUUGAGAAGCUAAGACUAAGAAUUUGGAAGGAGUUUAAUAUACAGAAAUAAUAGUAGCACUAUAUUUUACAGUCCUGUUUCCCAUGUACAGUACAUACUAUGUACUUAUUAUAGUAAUUACAAUAACUGGGUAAUAAUUAGGUACUAACCCUAAACCUAA